UCUGUGGCCAAUUACGCCUGGUUGAAGAAAGACUCAGCGAGGUUUCUAUCCGAUCUCGACAUUUCUAAUCGAAAUUGGGAUGCGGGCUGCGUAGAAGCCCUGCUUCAAGGAGGGAGACUCACGAGGCCUGCGUUUCUAGAGGGGUCACCAACUCUACGACUCCGGAUCGGGGUCGCUUUACAGCACUUAUUGCUUGGUUUUUGACUUAUUAGCAUACCUUUCGGACUCUCCAGUGAAUAUUGCUUUCUUCAGACGAAAUUCGAUUCGACCCCGUUGUCAAUCACGCAGUUCGGAUAUACCACUCCCUACCUCCGACCGAUACCUCCAUCUAUAUACACGUUCGCACAACCAUGGCGCCAGUCGGUAACGCAGAUGGAUCGGUGGCCAUGCCCCGGCUGGAUGACAUUCUACGCCACCCCGAGGACCUCGACAAAAUCACCACCCUGAAGUCGGAAUACCUGCGCAAGAAAGCCGCCGUUGAUGCGCACCUACGCGAGGGCCUCCGGGACCAGCUGGAAACGGUCCAGCGCAGCAUCACGGCGCUCACCGAGGGCCAGCGGCAGGUGUCGAAGACGAAGGAUGAGCUGCAGGGGAUUGACAAGCUGUGUGCGGAGUCGCAGUCCAGCGUGGACGACUUCUCGCAGAUCGACAAACUGGCGAAAGUACAGCGGAAUUUCGAAGCCACGCUGGCGAUGAAGAAGGGGUUGGAGAAUUUCAGCACCAAUUUGGCCGAGGUUGAGAAUCUGUUGCAGGAGGAUGACGAUGAUCUGGAGAAUCAGCCGAAUUUGUUAAGGGCUCAUAUGCAGAUCUCGCGGCUGAGGGACUUUCGCGAUGAGGCGAUGGAUCAGAUUCGCAAAGCGACGGAUACUGGCGAUGAAGUCACCCUCAGGGAGUAUUUCCAGGGCUUGGAUUCUGUGAUUGAUUGGUUUGAUGAUCACUUGGGUACUGCUUGCAUGAAUAUCAUUCCGCUUGUGCAGUCGGAUAACCCGAGCAUGGUCGUUCGUCUUGCAGUUGUUGUCAUGAACGAAGAAAAGAAGGAUGACACUGUCCGUGCGCUGCAAGAAGCGCAAAAGGACCACCAAGACUUGGCUGGUCGCUUCAAAUCCAUGAACGUGGGCCCGAAGACUAUCAGAGGCUACAAGGAGAAGUUCCUCCAAGCUGUCGAAUUCUACGCGCAGAACCAAUUUGAACACACCAAGGAGCAGUUCCUGAGUGAUCCAGACAGCCUCGACAAGAGCUUCCGUUGGUAUUUCAACGAUCUCUACACCGUUCAGCAGGGCAUGCAGUCUUUGAUGCCAAAGAAGUGGAAUAUAUACAAAACAUACGCCGAUAUCUAUCACCGCAUGAUGCAUGAUUUUAUGAUUGGGCUGAUCGACGAUCCGGAGCUGCCCCCCGAUAAUCUGCUCGUCAUCGUACACUGGUGCGAGAAAUACUACAAGAAGAUGAACAAGCUCGGGUGGAAGGCGGCCGACUUGCAACCUAAUAUUCUCGACAACCGCGAAGGCGAAAUAAUCCGACAGUGGCAGGACAUCAUCAUCAAUGCGGUUGAAGAAUGGAUGGAUCGGAUCAUGGACACCGACAAAAGAGGUUUCGUGGACCGCGUUCCCGACUCGUUGGACACCAACACAGAGGGCUACUUCCGCACCAGGACCCUCCCAGACAUGUGGCGUAUGCUUCACGAACAGCUCAGCGCAUCGGGCGCCUCGUCCCGAUCAGACGUCGUGGAAGGCAUCGUCGACGCAAUGCUACACAUGCUCAAGGGCCGCCAGACAACCUGGCAGAACCUCAUCGACGAAGAGUGCGCCAAAUACAAGGCCCCCGGCGGCGACCAGCUGGACGGUCUCCAGCUCCUGCAAGACUGGCUCAUCGCCGUGGCCAACGACCAGAUCGCCUGUAUCGACGACAACCUCGACACCGGCCAGCUGGGCUACCUGUCGCGAUUCCGCCUCGAGAUGGCUGCCCACGUCGACCCAAAGUACAUGGUCUCCCGCGCCCUCCCAGAGCUGGAAGCCCUGCGCGACGGCUACGUCGACCUGAGCACAUACUGCCUGUCACAAUUCGUGCAACUCGUCUUCGCCGUCGACUUCCGCUCCACGAUCCCCGAAUUCUUCACCCAAAAAUGGUACGGCGACUUCGCCAUCAAACGCAUCACCUCCACCUUCGAAGACUACAUGAACGACUACUCGCCCGUCCUGCACUCCUCGCUCACAGACAUCCUCGUCGAGGAACUCUCCGACGAGCUCCUCAUCAACUACCUCUCCUCCGUGCGCAACCGCGGCGUCAAAUUCCGCCGCCACGCAGACCCCUACACCGACAAAUUCAAGGACGACGUCCUCACCGUCUUCGCCUUCUUCCAGCGCUACCCGGACUCCUUCGCCUCCACCAUCAAGCAGAAGUGGCGCCUCGUCGACUGGCUCGUCCGCCUCCUCGAGGCCGAAAAGGGCGCCCCGCUCGUUGCCGUCUACGAGAGCUUCAAGACCGAGUACUGGGAUCUGCAGCUAUCGUGGGUCGAGGCUGUCCUUCGGACGAGGGAUGACUUUGAGCGCAGCAUGGUGAGCGCUAUCAAGGCCAAGGCUGCGGAGCUGUCUGUUGAACGGGGGUUGGAGACUUUGUUGAGUCGGGUGAGGUAGACAUUUCUCUUUGGGAGAGAUCAGCUCUGGAGGCGAUUGAAUUGCCUACUUCCUUUUUUUCUGCCUUUGCUUUUAUUCACUCAUUUACUACUGCUAUUUUGCUGUUUUAAGCGUGG